AAAUGGUUGUAUCCAAAAAAUGGUUGAGAAACGUUCGAAGAAAAUUCCUAAGAUCAUCCAACAGAGACAUAACUCUCCCUCCUCGUAUAAGUGUUUGCACAAAUCAAACCGAACAACCAAUACUUGAUAAUGAAUCAACCACCACAACCACCACCAGAGAAAUUUUUAUCAGUUUACCAUCACCACCACCCAUUAAUUCUCUAUCAACCAAAUUAUUCUCUAAGGAAGACUUUGCCGCAAUAAAGAUUCAAGCUCAUUUCAGGGCUCAUCUCGCAAGACGAGCACAUAGGGCGUUGAAAAGUUUAGUGAAAUUGCAAGCAUUGAUUCGUGGGGUGUAUGUGAGGAGACAGUCACGUAUAGCAAUGCAGUGUAUGCAUGCACUUGUUCGUUUACAAGUUAGGGUUCGUGCAAGGCAAUUGCUUGGUACCUUUGAUCAUACACAAUAAUUUACUAUUCUAAUCGGUUAAAAAAAUUUGAUAGGGAGGAUUUUGAAGAGUUUAUUUUUAUUUGUAUUAUAAAAACUUGGAAACUCAAAAUUUGUUUUGGGAGAAUGUUUUGGAUGGUUUACAUCAAUUCUUCAAUUAUAUAUUAUGUUUGUACAUCUCGGAUAUUGAAGGCGGGUCAAGUUAAGGCUGUAGCUGAAUAAGCACGACCCUUUUCCGAGCUUUGGGCACGACAACAGUCGCCCUAGCCAGGCGGGAUAGUGGCAGACAUGCAUUAAAGAGCCUUUACCACGCGAUAUCAAUAUAUCAAAACAUGUUCGCCAUA